AUGGAUGAUGUUGAUGUAUCAACAAAAAUACCUGAUAAAACCUUUAAUAAAAAGACAAAAGUUGGUAAUACCCAUGGUAGUAGUAAUAUCAAAAGUUGGAUUUGGUUGUACUUUGAUUCAGUGUAUAUCAAUAAUGUAAGACAUGCUGUUUGUAAAGUUGAACUUGUAAAAAGAAAAAAAUGCAGUAUAAAAUAUAAAGUUAACACAUCAACGAGUAACUGCUCUACUCACUUAGCAAACAUUCAUAGGAUUACUGAAGAUCAAGCUAAAGAUAAAAAUGUUACAGAGUUGGUUAAUUUGCCUUAUGAUGAGUUAUGUCAGCUUCAAUUGUAUCAAUACCUUGUGAACUGA